CUCACGAUCACUUCCUGGUUUAUUUUCAAACGUCUUCCGAGUGGUUUGCGAAACAAGUCCAAAGUUACCGAGACACCAGAGGAGGAUGAGCUCAGAGGCGGGGAAACAACACCGGAGAGGAGUCUGUACCGUCUGUGAAACCCGUGUUACAGAAUGAAUACCGAACGGUGUGUUUUCAGCGGCUAACGGGCGACAGGAGCUGCUGUAACAGUGCUGCUAACAGUUAGCUUAGUUUAGCUUAGCUUAGCGAGCUAACAGACCACAAGGUAGUUUAAAGGUAUUAAUAGCAUCCGUUAGCGUCAGUUAGCAUCGAGUUGUUCACGUCAAGUUCUACAGAGAAAGGGGGUCCAGAAGAGGACAACAUUAUGGAGAAUAAGGAUAAAGUGCAGAUGAGGAGCCACCCUCGCAGACAGCUGAAGAAGCUGAGCGAGGACAGCCUCACCAAGCAGCCGGAGGAAGUAUUCGACGUCCUGGAGAAGCUGGGGGAGGGGUCGUACGGCUGUGUGUUUAAAGCCCACUAUAAAGAGACCGGAGAGAUCGUGGCCAUCAAACAAGUUCCUGUGGAGUCCGACCUCCAGGAGAUCAUCAAGGAGAUCUCCAUCAUGCAGCAGUGCAACAGCCCUCAUGUGGUGCGGUACUACGGCAGCUACUUCAAGAACAGCGACCUGUGGAUCGUCAUGGAGUACUGCGGAGCCGGAUCAGUGUCCGACAUCAUCAGACUACGAAACAAGACGAUUAACGAGGAGGAGAUGGCGGCGAUCCUGCAGUCGACUCUGAAGGGUCUGGAGUAUCUGCACUUCAUGAGGAAGAUCCACAGAGACAUCAAGGCGGGAAACAUCCUGCUGAACAACGAGGGCCAGGCCAAGCUCGCAGACUUCGGGGUCGCUGGACAACUCACAGACACGAUGGCCAAGAGGAACACGGUGAUCGGGACGCCCUUCUGGAUGGCUCCGGAGGUGAUCCAGGAGAUCGGGUACAACUGUGUGGCGGACAUCUGGUCUCUGGGCAUCACGGCUCUGGAGAUGGCUGAGGGGAAACCUCCAUACGCUGACAUCCAUCCCAUGAGGGCGAUCUUCAUGAUUCCCACUAACCCCCCCCCGACCUGCAGGAACCCCGACCUCUGGUCUCCGGCGUUUAUAGACUUCGUCAGCCAGUGUUUGGUGAAAAACCCUGAAAACCGAGCGACUGCCACAAAGCUACUACAGCAUCCUUUCAUCAAGGCAGCGAAGCCCAGCUCCGUCCUGCGAGCGCUGAUCACAGACGCCAUGGAAAUAAAACUGAAGAAAGAGGAGGAGGCGGAGCAGAGGGAGCAGGACGCAGAGGACGACGACAACUCGGAUGAGGACGAGGUGGAUCAGGGCACGAUGGUUCGAGCGGGAACCGGCGACUCCGGAACGAUCCGAGCUGCAGGGUCUCUGUCGGGUUCGCUCAGCGGGACGGCCCGAACGAUGAUCUCUCAUCACGACGAAGACACCAUGCAGUCGCAGCUCGGCACCAUGGUCAUCAACUCUGACGAUGAGGACGAUGAAGAAGCCGGCACCAUGAAGAGGAGAAACGAGACGAUGCAGCCGUCCAAGCCGUCCUUCCUCGAGUACUUUGAGCAGAAAGAGAAGGAGGCCAACAGUCACAACGAGGGAGGAGGAAGAGGAGAAAACAACGCAGACAACCGCAAGCUGCCCGCUGACGGAGACUUUGAAGUGGUGAACUCGUGGACGGUGGAGGAGCUGCGGCUGCGUCUGGCCUCUCUGGACCCUCAGAUGGAGCAGGAGAUCGAGGAGAUCCGGCAGCGAUAUCAGACCAAGAGGCAGCCGAUCCUGGACGCCAUCGAGGCCAAGAAGCGGCGGCAGCAGAACUUCUGAGGAGGAGGAAGAGGAGGAAGAGUCGGAGGUUUCAUCUCUUUAUUCUCUGCGGCAGAUUUAACAAACGACAGCUGAGGAUCGUUCAAAAUAUCUGCUCAAGAGACGUCAAGAUGUGUAAAACUGUGCGAAGACUUCUGAUGACCGAACUGCUGGAGAAGAACUUCCAAAGAGCUUUUGGACAGGAUAUUAAUGACAAUAUUUCUGCCUGUUUGGAGUCUUCAAAAACUUUUUCCUGGAUGAAUGAUUUCAGGAAAGACGCUUCUGAAACGUAUAUUUUGUCUCCCAUCCGCUGGACUCUCUCUCUGUUUGUUACACAGCUGUCUUAAACCACAGUGAUGAGUGUUCAAAUCUCUUAACGUUUAGUUUUCUACUUAACCGCGCGGUACAAUAUCAUUUAAACGGCUGGCUGCUCGACUAAGGUACUCGUCUUUACGUCCGCAAAUGUCUCUUCUCAGUGUUGUUGCUCAGUGUUCUCACUUUAGACUGUGAACGUCUAGAGAAGCGUCUUUCCCUCGUCUUAAAAGAGUUAAAAUUACAAAAGAAAAAGCAGAAAUACCAACUACAAGUGUUGAUGCAGGAAGAGACCGAGCGCUUUGGAUCAGUCGUAUUGAAUGAGUACAAAAAGGAGGAGAUAACGAGGAAGUGAAACCCUUACAUCUAAUUACAAAAGCCCCUUUUCUUAAGUUCAGCGUUGAUCUCGUCACCUUAUAGUUCAACAAAUUCAAGCACAAGAUUAAAAGAUCAAUAAACCAUUUAUUAAAUAUUAAAAGCAAAGUGUUAUGUUAUUGUAAGAUGAUCUUAACUUAAAGAACUGGAUCAUUCACUUAGCUAAUGGUCCCUUCAGGUAAAGGGAAUAUUUGGGAAACACCUGGAUGUUUUGAUAUUUUGGAGAUCAGAUUUUCUUCCGCAUUAAUAUUUUAAGGGUCUUUAAUCCCCUCCAGUGUCCUCAGUGUUUCAUUUGCAUCUCUUUCCCCCGCAGUCAGCUCAAAACAAAGAGCUGGACCCGGAUCAACAAAGCUUUUAUUUCCUGGAUUUAUUAUUUCUGAUUUGGCACUGAAACGACAUCGCCCCCCCCCCCCCCCCCCCCACCCCCACCCCUUACAAAAAUAAAAAGGCAGCUGCCCUUCCUCCUCUUUGGACGCUCUGUUUUCUACACGCAGCACAGAAACAUUUCUAUUUUUCUACGUAGGUUUAGUGGUUACAGAAGAGCGGGAGCUUGGUUUGAUUUAAACAGAUUUAAAAACCAGCUUCUCAGGUCAGAAACUCCUCAGGGUGUAAAAUAAUAGUCUGUUUAUAAAUGAGCACAACAGCUGUGUCUGUAAGGUUUAAAUCGAUGAGUUAAAGGGUUAAAUGACAGAAACUGGACGCCUUUUAUUAAGUUAUAUUUAAAUAAUAAGCGGUUGUCAACACGUUGAAAUGUGUCGGAUGUUUUCUGGGGAUAAACUCUCAGCUUGAGGUUCAGUUUCACUUUCAGUUUCGGUCUCGUUGUGUGCACGGUUUCUCUCAUGAGCACAAGUCAUGAUCUCUUCUGCGUUACAAAACGUUUCUGCCUUAUUUAGUUUUUGUCUUGCACAUGGUGUUCCUUUGAAUAUAUGUUGAGGUUUAGGCUCAGACGUGAAUCCACUUUGAUUUCAAAGUAAAAUCAGCAGAAACACAGUUUAAUAUUCACCUUUGAUACAUCCUGUAGUGAGUUCAGGGAAAGCAGCAAAAGCGUGAAAAGGCAAAAACAAAAGGGAUUUUUUUUUUUGUCUGCCUUAUUUUUGGAUGUUCUGCUGUGUUGUUUCUGACAGUGAUCUGAUAUGUGAGGAUUUUAAACGACGGCAUGUUGGGGCCAUUGUAGGUCAAAACAAAUCAAUAAAAAAGGAAAUAGAGAAGGGGGUUAAUUCAAGUGAAAAAUACGAGUUUUCAAGUCAAAAUGUGUGAAUUUACGAGCUUAUAAAUGUAGAAACUUGCAAGAAAAAGUGACAAAAUUACUAAAAACAACCAAAAAACUAUAUUUUUCUCAUAAAUCGUGAGUUUCCAAUUUAAUAUCCCCGUAAAUUAACCCUUUAACCCUCAGUAAUUCGUAUUUGUUUCUUGAAAUAUGAUCUCCUUCCAUGGGCUCUGCAUAGUUAUUGUUGAACCUACAAUGGCCCUAAUUAUAUUUGUUUAAAAAAAAAAGGGACUAUUUUUAACAUAAUGCAGCUGGAUUGUUAUAAUAUGAUGUCUGAUGUUUGGUGCUGAUCGUGAAAUCUGGCAUCAGAAAUCAAGUCGUAAUCACUGGAUAUUAAACAGAAAUGAAAAUGUUCUGAUGUUUUGGACAUUUCUAAAUGCUUCUUUGGCUUGAAGUGAUUCUCUUAACCUUUGUGAUUAAAUACAAACAAACCACUGAGAGGUACGUGUUCAAAGAAUCAUCGCCAGUUUGUGAAAAUGCUCUGAAUUACGGUAACAUUGUGUCAGGUUUAUUACGUGUAAUCACUCAACUAGGCUUUAAUUUAUUUAAUAAGUGAAUCAGUGAAAUGUCUAAAUCCUGCUGAAACAUGUCAAGUGUUUAUUUAUUCAUUUUCUUAGCUGCCAAGAUAUCACUUUAUCUUUCUGAUUUUCAUUCUCAGCUGUUUCUAUGUUUUAUAAGAUCUUUGGUCCAUUAACUCUCAGUAAUAGGACGUAGGAGUUAAAACAGUGUGAGUAUAAAGUGUUUAAAUUCAAGGCAUCAUUGGUGUCCAUAUAAAACUGUGACAAACCCAACAGAUAAGAACAAGGAGAAGUGGAGCACAAAUGUUUUAAACACCAGUCUCUCUGCCUCUUCUUUGUGCAACAUUUGUAUUUUCUCCGAUGUUUCUACUUAUUUUUUUCUGAGCUCUUUUUGUUUCACACUUCUUGUUUGACGCCUGAAAAGUUUCUGAAGUUUAUUUUACGCCUUAAAGUUUGCAGAGAGGUCAUUCAUACGAUCACUGAUGUUUGGUUUGUGUAUUUUGUUUUUGUUUGCCUGUCUAAUAAAAGCUAAGGAACGUUU